CGCCCCUGACGCUUUCCCGCGUUCCUUGUGCACUUACUGUCACGACAAAUAGAUGUGUGGACUUGACUGCUGAUACGACACGACAAGAUGCCUCUCAUACAGAUCGAGGUGUGCGACUUCAAGUCCUACAGAGGGCACCAGACGAUAGGUCCCUUCAAGAACUUCACCUCUGUUAUCGGUCCCAAUGGCGCGGGGAAAUCGAACCUCAUGGACGCCAUCUCCUUCGUGCUUGGAGUGAAGAGCGCACAACUGCGCAGCUCACAGCUCAAGGACCUCGUCUACCGCGGACGAAGGUUACAGAAGGAGAAUUCAGAGGAAAUACCAUCAGGUGCCAUGGAUGAAGACGAUGAGGAAGAAGAAGGGGAGGGUACCGCUAAGAAAGCCUGGGUCAUGGCGCUAUACGAGGACAGCGAGGGCAAAGAGUGGCGAUAUCAGCGGACCAUAUCCACCACUGGUGCCUCUGAAUACAAGCUCAACAACCGCGUCGUCACCUACUCCGCAUAUAACCAAUCCCUUCAAACCCACAAUAUCCUCGUUAAAGCGAAGAACUUCCUCGUCUUCCAGGGUGAUGUCGAGGCCGUCGCGUCGCAGUCGCCGAAGGAGCUCUCGCAUCUCAUAGAGCAGAUCAGCGGCUCUCUGGAGCUGGCACGCGAGUACGAGGAAGCGAAGGAGGCGCAGGAGCGCGCCACCGAGAAUGCGACGUUCAACUUCACCAAGCGCCGCGGGAUUGCGGGCGAGAUCAAGCAAUACAAGGAGCAAAAGAAUGAGGCGGAGCGCUUUGAGGCGCUCGUGCAGGAGCGGGAUGCACUUCAACUCCACCGCUAUCUCUUCAAGCUGUUCACCAUCGAGGAAUCCAUCCGGAAGAACACCGAGGAGAUCGAGGAGCAGAAUGAAGGGCUAGACGCUCUGCGCAACGAGCAGAAGGAGAAGGAGGAUGAGUUGGCUGCGGCGCGGUCCGAGCAGGCCAAAGCGCGCACAUCUGUCUUGCAGUUGGAGAAGAAGAUUAAGAGGUCGGACAAGGCCAUUGAGGCGAAGAGACCCGAACUUGUUGCUGCUCAAGCACAGAUAACACAUUCGGAGAGGAAGCUCGCAAAGCAGGCGGAGACGCGUGCUUCGAUGGAGAAGAAUGUCGAGCAUCUGCGUGCCAAGGUGGCCAACCUGGAGAAGGAGCUCAGGCGAGUGAAGAAGGACGCGGAGGAUGCCGCAGAGGCUCAACGUCGAGCCUCCCAGGACAACAUCGCCCUCAGCCCCGAGAGCAUGGAAGAAUACCACCGCCUCAAGGCCGAAGCAGCGAUGCUCGCCGUGGACGAGCGCCAGCGCGUCGACACCCUCAGUCGUGAGGCAAAGACGUCACAACGCACGCUGCAAAUCUUGCAAGCCAAGCAGAAGGAGUUUGAGGAGAAGAAGCAGACUCUGUCGGAGCAGGCGGAGACCUUGGAAGCGAGGAAGGAGGAGCUCGAGGGCAAGGUGUCUGAACUGGAGAACGACCUCAAUCGCGCGAGGCAGGAGUUGAGGAACCAUCAGGAGACGAGGGCGAAGAUUGCUCAACUCGAGUCCGUCGCGAAGGAGAAGCUCGAAAACGUCCACGCUUCCCUCUUACAAGCCAGCGUCGACCGCCGGGAAUCCGACCGAGAGAUCAAGUUACGGGAAACCAUCGAGAACCUGCGCAGGUUAUUCCCCGCCGUCCGCGGCAGGGUCGCCGACCUCUGCAAGCCCUCCCAGCGCCGGUAUGAGACCGCCGUCUCUGUCGUGCUGGGCCGCAAUAUCGACUCGAUCGUUGUCGAUGACGAGCGGACGGCGAUGGACUGUAUCGAGUACCUCCGCAACCAGCGCGCCGGCCAAGCAACGUUCAUCCCGCUCGAGACCAUCCAGGUCAAGCCCAUCAGCGAGCGCUUCCGCAAUCCGGGGCGCGGGAUCCGGCUUGCGGUGGAUGUCAUCGAGGUCGACAGCGCCGUCGAGCGCGCGAUCCAGCAUGCCUGCGGGACGGCGCUGAUCUGUGAUACGAUGGAGCUGGCGAGAAAUUUGCGGUAUGAGAGGAAUCAGGAUGUGAAAGCUGUGACACUUGAGGGCACCGUCAUUCACAAGAGCGGCCUGAUCACUGGAGGGAGGAGCACGCAUAAUGCGAGAACAUGGGAGGAUAGGGAUGUGCAGAGCCUCCAGCGCACGCAGGAGAAGCUCAUGUCUGAGCUGAAGGCUCUCGCGAAGGAUAAGCCCAAGGCUGGGACGGACGAAAACCUCCAGGGAGAAAUCUCGCGCUUGGAGACCAGCCUGAUGGUCGUGAGGGAUGAUCUGAAAGAGAUCAACUCGCGCCUUGCGGGCGUCAACGCGGAGCUCAAGCACGUCAACUCAGAGCUCAAGAAGAACGCCCCGGAAUUGAAGAAGGCAGAGAAUGCUCAGGCCAAGCUCGAGAGGGAGCUCGAGCAGUUGCAGGCUGUGAUCAACUCCGCUGAGGACACCGUGUUCGCAGGCUUCUGCCAGCAAAUUGGCGUGUCGGAUAUCCGGGAGUACGAGGAGCGGCAGUUGAAGGCGGCUCAGCUGGAGAGCGAGGCGCGGCUGCGGUUUGACAAGCAUAUCACGCAGUUGACUUUGCAACUCGAGUACGAACGCGACGAGUCGUUGAAGAACGCUGAAGAGCGCCUUGCCACCCUGGACACCCAGAUCGCCAACGAGAGGACCAAUCUCGAACGCUUGCAGCAGCGCAAGGCAGAGCUUGAGGCAGAGCUUCAGACGGCCGAGCGGACCCUAACCGAGCAUAAGGAGAAGCUGGCGGGCUUGCAAGAGAAGCUUGACGAGCGCAACAGGGCCGUCGAGCAAGCGAAGAGGGCGAGCGUGAGGGCGUCGAAGGCGCUGGAUCAGGCGUUGAAGGAGAUUGCGACGAAGAACGACGAGAUCGAGAAGUUUGCUUUGGAGCGCUCGGCCAUUUACAGGAAGUGCAAGUUGGAUGGUGUACAGCUGCCGUUAAUUGCUGGUAACCUCAGGGAUGUGCCUAUGGAAGAGAACCUUCGCCAAGAGGUCGCAAUGGACGUGGAUGAGCCCGAAGACGGUGCUCAACGCGCCAGACAUGUGCAGGACUAUGGCAUCGAGGUCGACUUUGCUGAGAUCGACGAUGAGGAACGCGAGGAGGAUCCAGCGAAGAAACUGGCGGAGCUGGAUGACGAGAUCAAAAAGCUCUCCGCAGACAUCGAGAAGAUGGCGCCGAACAUGAAGGCGAUGGAGCGCCUUGACGAUGUCGAGAACAAACUCGCCGAGACGGAGAGGGAGGCCGACAAGGCGAGGAAGGACUCGAAGACUGCGCGACAGCAAUUUGAUGAUGUGAAGAAGCGGAGAUGCGACCUCUUCAACAAGGCGUACAACCAUAUCUCCGAGUGCAUCGACCAGGUGUAUAAGGACCUGACAAAGGGAAAAGCCUCCCCAAUGGGAGGUGUGGCGUAUCUAAGCUUGGAGGAUAGCGAGGAACCGUACAAUGCUGGUAUCAAGUACCAUGCGAUGCCUCCUAUGAAGCGCUUCCGUGAUAUGGAGCAGUUGUCUGGAGGCGAGAAGACAGUCGCUGCUUUGGCGCUCCUCUUCGCUAUCCAUAGUUACCAGCCAGCGCCUUUCUUCGUCCUUGACGAGGUCGAUGCCGCUCUCGACAACACUAAUGUCGCCAAGGUUGCGAACUACAUUCGCACGCACGCCUCGGAGACCUUCCAAUUCAUCGUCAUCAGCCUGAAGGGUUCGCUCUACGAGCGAGGCAACUCGCUCGUGGGCAUCUACCGUGAUCAGGAAGUUAACAGCUCGAAGACCUUGACCUUGGAUUUGACGCAAUUCGACGACUAAUGAAGGACUUUAUACCCACUGCAAAAUCUCGUAUCGUUAUUGCUGCUGCUCUCGUCUGUGUAUAUCUAGUGCUGCUCAUCGAUGUUGUAUCAGGGUCAAACGAACGCUCCUCGUCGCUUCGUGAGUCAGGUGUUAUGGCGCCAUACCGAAGCGUACGAUUCUAUUGCGGAAGGUAGCCGAUACACUCGGAUACUCAAAUUGAUCGCUGCAGGAAUAGAGGGGCAACAUGGUGCUAUGUUUGUCUUCUUUGUAAAGGACGCGCAAACGGAUGCGUAAGCCUUUGGAUGACGCGUCUUCUGAUAUAUAAGGUCUUGGGAACAGGGCUUCUGUAUACUCAGAAUUCUUACUCUUCUGAUCACCUGCCAAUACCAGUAUCUCCGAGAAUGAGUGCUUGCAAGGACUGCUUCAAGG